UCCCUCCCGGCAGGACUCCUUAUCGGACGCCAAACGGAAAAGGAACAGUUCAUGUGCAUCCCCAAUAAGAUCAUAUACCCCAAGCCGCACCGCAUAAACAGCAGGAUUUUUUUGGUUAAAUAGCUAGUUCUAUCAUCAGGAAUAAGCAAUUUUGCAAGAACGAAGGAGCACAUCAAUGUCCAACAUCAACCGGUCGCAUCCGGCUCUCCCGAUGGCGACCUUCCAGCCCAAGGGGUUUGCGCCGGCGCCGUCGCCAUUGGAGCAAUGGACGAAGCGGUUCCAGGAGGCCGAGAGGCUGGUGGAGGAGGUGAUGGGGAACAUCGCCGAGAGGGGGUCCGUCCCGGCGUCGCUGUCGCUGGAGCUGAAGCGCCGGACCGGGGAGAUCCGGCGGAAGGUGGCCAUCCUCGAGACCCGGCUGAGCCUCAUGAGGGAGGACCUCGACCGACUCCCCAACAGGAACGUGAAGGAGAUGCGCAAGCUGGCGGAGAAGUUCGAUGCUCUCGAGCUGAAGGUGAGGGAGGUGGCUGCGCCGUUCACCAUGAAGAAGCACUCAUCCAACAGGAACGAGCUGCUUGGACCGAACGACGACAGGUGCACGGUGGUGGACAUAAAGAGCACGGCCAACAUGGAGAACCAAGAGAUUGUCCAGUUGCAGAGGAACAUUAUGAAAGAGCAAGAUGAGUGUCUGGACAGGCUGGAGGAGACCAUAGUCAGCACCAAGCACAUCGCGCUGGCCAUCAACGAGGAGCUGGACCUGCACGUCAGGCUAAUUGAUGAUCUGGACGAGAGGGUCGAGGACACGAGCACCCAGCUGCAGCGCGCGCAGAAGAAGCUCAAGUCUCUCAACACACGGAUGCGGAAAAGCGGGUCCUGCACAGGCAUCCUCGUGUCAAUCAUCGCAGGUGUGAUCUUCGUCGCCGUGGUCUGGGCGCUGAUCAAGUUCUAGCGGCAGAAAUGUCCAGAUAUAGAAGUUGCAUUGUAUAUAUAGGGGCAGAAAUCGUCCAUGUACAGUCCUAAACCCACUACCCUUUUUGUAGUCAACUAGUUGUAGGUAGCUCAAGUGCCGAUCUGAUCCGUGUACUGUCCUGCAACUCCCGGAUGACUUGUGAAAUUUCCUUAAGUUUGUCUGUGCCAAUGCACAAGAAUACUAGACAUACGGGCGAUUUGCCCAUGGACUGAAUUUACAGAUAUACGUGACCUCCUCC